UCUUAAUAUUUUCGAAUUUAAAAGAUUAUUUAAAAACCUAUUCUUAAAAAUUAGUGCAUUUUCCUUACUUUUGAUUUGCGUCCUAAACCGAGUGGUUUCUUAAAUCCAUAUAUCCACUACUUUUCUCUCCGUUAGCUCAUACUUCAUAAUAAUAGAAAUAAUAUAUAUUUGGUUUUAACUCUUAUUAUUUAUACCUCCAAAUUAACGUAUCAAUUUGCUAGGAAUCCUCCUCCGCACUUAUCACCUUUUGUUGACAAUGAGGCAGAAGGAUACAUUCCCGAUUACGCCAAGACCCUUAACCAUAUGAAGGUUUCUGCCAAAAUUGAAGACUUGCCAUUGCCAGGACUAGGGAUAGAAGAAUUGGAUGAUCCUCAGAAUUUAUUUAUUGGUUGAGGGUGUCAUCGAUCGAACUGUGGCUACCAUAGCUACUAAGAAGAAACAAAAGUAUCAUGACGAAUUAAAAUUGGAGCUUCAAGGAGCACAAUAUCCUUUAGCUAUUUCAAAAGUUGAUAAGCAGUUGUCCGACGAGGAUUAUUUCGACCUCCCUGAUUAUCAACAAAUUGCUGAAGAUAAUGCUAACUUGUCAAUGGUUCUGAUGCCAAGAAAGAAGAGAGGCCUUUAUAAAGCUAUGAAGAUUUGUCAAAGAAGGAACAAGGAUCGUAAUAAACUUCUAGAGGAUAGGAAGAGUAAGCUUGAAGAAUCUCACAAAUCGUAGUAAGCAAAGAGCACAUCACCAAUUUUGUUCUUAAUUAUUUGCAAUCUUAUUUUCGGAUGGCCAAUAAGCUUAUUUUGCUCCAA